AUGAUAAUGAGGAAAUACUAUCCAAUGAGCUAUGGAGCGCGUGUCCCUAAAGUCGAGUUUCACCAGGUGGUGGACCUUGAGCGCAGAAGCUACAGAGCGCUCGUCCCGGAAGUCAAGUUUCACCAGAAAAUUCGUAGAAAACAAGGAUUACCAUUCAACUAUUACAUUCCAAGCGUUUUCUCGCCAACAGACAUUCUUUGCGACUCUGACACGGUGACAGUGACAGACCUGCUGAACUUUGGCCGACAGAAAGCGACGGGAAUGGAGUUCCUAUCAUCGAACAGAGUGGUUCACAGAGACCUGGCAGCCCGGAACGUCCUCGUAUGCGACGACAAAACCGUCAAGAUAUCGGACUUCGGGCUGAGCCGAGACAUCUAUCAGGAGAACGUUUACAAGAAACAGGGAAACGGACGACUUCCGGUGAAGUGGAUGGCCAUCGAGGCGCUCACUCACCAGGUCUACAGCACCCACAGCGACGUAUGGUCCUUCGGCAUUCUCCUCUGGGAGAUAGUCACUCUGGGCUGCAGUCCGUAUCCGGGAAUACCGACGAACAAGGUGCUGACCAAACUGCGAACGGGGUACAGAAUGGAACGACCCGCCAACUGCAGCGUCGCACUGUACAACGUGAUGCUGUCCUGCUGGCAAACGAAGCCCAAAGAUCGACCGACCUUCACAGCCCUGCGACAAGAGCUCGACAAACUGCUCAGCGUAGCUGCGGAAAAUGAGUACCUUGAUCUCAACGAUGUAUCAAGAGGGACGCCGCCUGACGACACGAUAUUAAAAAUUCCUAAUUCGUGUUCCGCUUAUUCUGAACACCAGCAGAGAUACGUCAACGAGUUUGAGCCGAAAAUCGUUAAAGAAUGAACCUCUGUUGCGGUAAAUUCGAGAUCGAGAAAUUAGCUCAAGGCUGGAACCGAGACUCUUGGACCUAUGAAGGUUCAGUCGAAGAUAGGAAUUAGAGCGUGGAUACUCUGUAAGCUUUGACGAAACGACGCGGUCGAUAUCAGAGAUAGUACAAUUACAAUACAGGCAAGCUUCACGAACCGUCAAUUUUAUACGGGGAAGAAUCCGCUCGCACGUUGCGUUCUAGGAAUUGGUAAAAGUUGGGAGUGCGAUUGACCCGCCGCCGUUGUGUAAUGCUUGAAACUGAUUUUUGAGAAGCUGGGUGAUACCGUCGUUGUCUGUUAUUUAAUGACAGUUUGUGAGAAUACGUGAAAAAUAGACAGUGUAUUUAGAUUUUAUACGGUUUUCGAUACUGCCUUGAUACGACUUUUAUUGACUUAUUUUUUGUUUCUACUUUCCUGAUUUUCAAAUAGUAUUACGAAGCUUGAAUAACGUUAGCACAAAGAACAAAUAUUACAAAAUCGAGUAGUACAGUUCAAGUUCGUUUUUACUUUUUGACUAUCGUGAAAAUUAACGAAGGAGCAUUCGGGAGACACGUUGAAUAGCGCGGUUCUCAUCUGCACGAUGUUGCGAUCAUGUGAAAUUCAAAAAAUGACGUCUACUGUCGCGUUUGUGAAAAUUUCACUGAACUUUUUUGUUCUCCUCUCGUUCACGCCUCUGGUCCUGGUUGAAUUUCGUCUUGAAUAGGAAAAAUGAAAAAUUUGUGAGUCACAAACCAGAUUUCUAUGAUUUCCCAAGCGUGCGUGAAGGAAGAUUUUAGGCAUCAUUACUUGAAAACACAGAUGAAACGUAGAGAGAGCUAAUCCUUCAAGUCUUCAAUUUUGUUUCAUAGAAAAUUGUGAACAAAUUGCUCACAUUGGUCACAAUGCUCCUAGAUUACUUUAGAAAUGCUCGUAAAAAAUAUCAUGUACAGAUAAUAUUAUAACAACGUGUUGUAACCUAAGAGAGUAAAUGUUUUACUACACGCAAAGCAAACGUUUGCGCACGUAACAUAGCGAAAAAUCAAAAUUUUUCUGCAUACGUUGAUUAAUAAAUAAGUACCACAAAAUACGGACGUGAUACGGUAUUUGUCGUCCUCUUCCUGUGUGUUUCACCCGCGAGAUGGUCGCUCAUGGAGACG